GGGAGUUAAUGACGGAGGGCAGGUCGAGAAGGAUAAGAGCUACAUGGAAGAGAUCGCAGUGGCUGGGAAAGUUACAAAGAAGUUAGUCCUAACUGAAGCCAUAAGUGAGGAUGGUGGCACCGGCGGGCUGCAGAGCGGUGCCUCGUUGGGUGUGGACGUGGGCAUGGGUGCCCUCCACAGCCAGCGGUCUCCGUAGGACGGCAGCAGCCUCCGUGGGUCGGCAACACUCCCGCCGCUAUUCUGUCCCCACGAGCCACAGCACGAGCGAGCCGCGGUGGAGGUACAAGAUAGACAGCUAUGUAAGGAAGAUAGCGGCCAAAGUGGAAACCGGAGGUAUAACCGUCACCACCGCCAUCACCCUGAACACGGCGCGCCCCGUGACUCCAGACCUGUGCCAGGAUGUCCUGAUGCACAUCUGUAGAAAGGUGGAGGCACUGAGGAUCCGUUUCCGGGAGAGAGAUGGAGAACUGUGGGUCGCCGACAUGGACACACCCAAGAUUGACUUUCAGGUGGUGGAGGGUGGCAACGUAGAGGACGUAGCCAAAAUCACGUCGCAUUCCGCCUACAGCAAGGUCGAGGGUCCCCUGUGGCGUGCCAGGCUGGUGGUUUGCCCACCUGACGAGCCCUGCAUGUUACCUCAAGUCAAGGAGGCCUUCCCGUACCAGUACCACCUGGUUAUCGACAUGCACCACGCAGUCUUCGACGCCUUGUGUAACAUGGUGGUCUCAGAGCUCUUCUUCCAAACCCUGGACAGCAUGCUGGACGGGGCACAGCUGGACGAUAGACAGAUUGGUGAGUUCCGUGAUCGGAGUGAGGUCAGGGCAGCAGAGGCCAGGAUCAGGGAGUCCUUGCAGAAAGACCCACGCAGGCUGAAGGCACUGCUGGAGGAGCGUUACAAGAUAAUGACAAGAGUCCCUCUCAUCACUGAGGCCUUUGGGGAGAGAAAGGAGUCUCCUCCAGACACCAACACCUUAAGACCAGAAAUCCUGGACCACAAACUCCUGCAGGUGUUCAACGCCAAGUGCAAGGCGCACAAGGUCACCUUCAAUUCAGGCUUCCUCGGAGUGAUGAACGUGGCGUUGAUGGAGCUGGUGCGCGAGGCUGGCGUGGUGCGAGACUCCUACGUGAUCUCUACGCGCCAUCCCGUUAGCACUCGCCGCUACAUGAGAGGCGUGACUUCCAUGGUGUGGGGCUUCCACAGCCUGCCCAUGAGUAUGGACACGGUCAUGCCUUGGGACGCCAGGAACAACUUUUGGAAGCACGUCGUGGACAUUGACACGAACUUUCGUGAACGCAUCAGGAAGAUGGGUCCUGUGGAGCAGUUAGUACUGGACACCAUGCUGCAGCCGAUGAUCAAAGACCGUGGAAAUAAGACUAUAUACGACAUGGCAUUGACCAACACAUACGCACCAACGAUCGAAGCUAUCGGCAAUGGGAAGCACGUUCAGAUAUCUCAAUUCCAUGGCUACUCUUCUGUUAAUGGCCUUGAAUACAAAAUGUUAUGCGGAAUCUUUGGAUUCAAAAACUGGGUACAGUCACAGUUGGCUUAUUCCUCGGAAUACAUCACGAAGGAGAUCGCUGCCAAGUUGUUUGAAAGGAUGAUCACAGUGUUCAACGACACUGCCAAGUCACUGGAUUAGAAGCUACUUGUGUCACUCAUGUCUGUCUGUCUGUCUCUUGACAUGGGAACUCCCUUAGGUUCCCUCAUGUAAAUGUAAAUUAUAUAUAUUAUUAUUAUUAUAUUUUUCUUGUGAAUAAGGUUUCUUUUAUGUUAUUAAUUUCUAUCUUCCUUUAUCUUGUUUAUUCAUAUCUUUUGUGUUCCAAUAUUUGGUCCUGGAUGCCACGUCACCCAGUCGUUGAGGUGCAUUGAAUCUAUUAUUGUUUGUUUCAGUAAUAGAGAAUUCAACUGCGUGGUGUCAAGUUUCUUGCCUCAGCAGCUUCCUUCCUUCAACUGCUGCAACAUUACAUUUCCUGCUACCUUCUAGUGUUAUUUCCAUGGUUAGUCCGACUGUAGUCCAACUUUAUGAGACUCUAUACUUAGAUUAAUUUAUUUUCUCAAUUUAUUUUUAUUAAUAAAUGAGUUAUCUGA